AUGGAUCUUGUGGAGUGGGGAGACGUGGGCAGCGGCCACGGAUCCGGCUUCCCCGAGGACUGCUUGGACCAAGACUGCCACUCGGAGGAGCCUCUGUUCGGGUUGACGGAGUUAGAUGUAUCAAUAUCUCCUAUUCUAGUGUGUGUGACUGUCAUUUACAUUCCACUGAUGCUCUUUGGCCUUCUGGGAAACAUACUGACAAUUCUGGUGGUUUGGCUCCGCCCUCACAUGAGAAGCUCCACCUACCUCUACCUGAGCAGCAUGGCUGUCAGUGAUCUGUUGAUUCUCCUACUGCUGCCUCUGGAUCUGUAUAAGCUGUGGAGGCCCAGACCGUGGCCUUUAGGGGACCUUGCCUGCAAGCUAACGAUGUUCCUCUCAGAGUGCUGCACCUUCUGCACCAUCCUCCACAUCACCUUCCUCUCCCUGGAACGGUACCUGGCGGUCUGCUGGCCGAUCGCGGCAAAGACGCUGCUGACGCGGCGCAGGACCAGGGCUCUCAUCGGCUGCCUGUGGCUGGGCGCAGCCGUGAGCGCGGCGCCGGUGCUGGUCAUGGUUGGAGUGGAGGAUGUUGGCGGAGAGGAGCUCGAGCUCGGGUUAGGAUGGAGGGAGGAUGGAGGUUGGGUGAGCAGUGAGGUUGAACGGGGCGGGCUAACAAUAGGUGGAGGGGAAAGAGGAAGUGGGCCCAACGGAGGAUUGGAGGGAAAAGGGUGGGGAGAAAAAACCAAAGGAUGGGGAGAAGGAGUCGUGGAGUCAAAAUGGUUCGGAGAGAAAGGGGAGAGAAAAGCAGCAACAGAAGGAGGCGGCAAAGACAAUCGAGGAGAUGGAGGGAAAAGAGAAUUUGAAGAUCAAGCGAAUGAGAGAGAAGGGGAAGAAGGUUGGGAGACGGAAGUUGAGGGAGAGAGGCAAAAUAAGAUGAGGGAGGAUGAGGGAGGGGGACUGGAAGGUGGUGCUGACGGUGGUGGGGGGGUUGACAGUAGAGAGUGCCGCUGCACGCACUUCGCCGUCUCCUCCGGCCUGCUGUCGGCCAUGAUGGUUCUCUCCAACUUGUACUUCCUGGUUCCCCUCUGCACCCUGGGUCUUGUCUACAGCCUGAUCGGACGGACGCUGUGCCUCCGUCCUCAAAGCAGCCGCAGAGACCAGAGUCACCGGCACACGGUCAAAAUGCUGGGAGUGAUCGUCCUGGCGUUUGUCCUGUGCUGGCUGCCCUUCCACGUGGGUCGCACCAUCUUCUCUCUUUCCAUGGGCAGCUCCUAUUUUUUAUACUAUUUGUCUCAGUAUUUCAACCUGGUUUCAUCCGUCCUCUUCUUCCUCAGUGCUGCUGUCAACCCGUUACUGUACAACCUGAUGUCCGCCAAGUAUCGCCACGCCGUGCGCAGCCUCGUGCGCACGGACACGCAGUCCCGCCGCCUGCGCACGCUCACGUCGCAGCCCUCCACGACCACUUUGUGA